UUCGUGAGUUGUACACCAAUUAUAAUAAAAAAAUUUAAUACACACUUAUCGAAUAAUUGAUGCUGAUACGGCGAGAUCUGGAUCCGGCUAGAGUUUCCCUCCUUUGGUGCAUGGAUUUCUCCUCCCAACUCUACUAUGUGUAAGAGAGAGAAACUCAACUAUUAUUAUUAUUAGCAGCAAAGGUAACUGACCCUUCUCUUGAAAUUUGAUCUUUUCUUCAACUUUCAACUACCCUAUAGCUACUACUACUUCUAGUAAGAGCAACAGAAAGAUAGAGAGAGAAAGAGAGAGAGAGAGAGUGAGAGAGAGAGAGAGAGAGAGAGAGAGAGAGAGAGAAGCUGUCUUAGUUGCUGGCUUGCUCAUCUUUCUUUAAUUCAUUCACUUUUCUUGCUUAUUCCCUGACUCUUUCUUGCUCUCUACCAGCUCAACAUUCAAGAACUUCAAAUCCCACUUUGUUUUUCUCAGCCGAAACCUCUUGAUCUCAACCUUCUGCUCUUGUGCUGUUCCGUUGCCAUUUUCCAUGUGAAUUUAAGCUGUUCUUGAUACAGUUUCUGAUCUGUAUUUUUACAUUUGAUCUGUGUAAUCAAGUGACCAGUUAUGGAGGAAGAUCAAGAACUGAAACACAUGUGCAAAUUCUGCUGCAAAAGCUUCCCCUGUGGUAGAUCCUUGGGAGGCCACAUGAGGUCUCAUUUGAUGAACACUUCAUCAUCAUCUGAUCAGGACAAGCUUCCUAGGAAGAAACUCCCUCCUCUUACUAAGACCGAUGUUUCGAUUAAAGACAGUGGUUCGUUUGGUUGUCGGCUUAGGGAGAAUCCAAAGAGGACAAGCAAAUUCCCAAAGAUAACUGAGAAAGAUACUUUGCUUCAAGAGAAACUCUGCAAGGAAUGUGGGAAAAGCUUCCAAUCUUGGAAGGCCUUGUUUGGCCACAUGAAGUGCCAUUCGGUGAAUGGAAAGGCUGCAAAUACUGCGGAGCAAGAUUCUUGGAACGGUUGCAAUGAUCACCACCGGAAGCUGAUCGUGGACAGCCAGUCAGACAACGAAGCAGCAACGCCGUUCUGCAGGAGGAAGAGAUCCGAGAGAACGAAAAGGUACACGUCUGCAACGAAAUCAUCAUCUUCGAACUUUUCGCCCUGUGUUUCUGAGAUUGAUCAACAGGAGCAAGAGGAGGUUGCUCUGAGUUUGAUACUGCUGUCUAGGGACACAGGGAGUCGGGCCGGUGUGAAUUCGGUUCUCGAGUCAUCCAGCACUAGUUCUGAACCUCUAGGCGCCAAGAAAACUGAUAAAGUGGUGAAACAAACAGAACUUAGAACUUCAGGAGAAGGGUACUUCAACAUAACAAGCAAAUCAGGAGUUUCGACCGACGAAUUUCGAUUCGAAUGUGAAGUUAACUCACCCAAGAAUUUGAACAGGAAAAGUGGGGUGGAUCAGUUUGGAUCAGAUUGCAAGAAGAAAAGCUCAAUCAAGAGGAAAAGCAUCGGUUCACAUGGUUCUGAACUCUGCCAAGAUUUUGAGAAGAGCAGCAAAUUCAUGUGUGCAAUCUGCAAAAAGGCCUUUCCUUCUUACCAAGCUCUUGGUGGACACAGAGCCAGCCACAAGAAGUUCAAAGGCAGCUGUGCUCCAACAACCCAAAACAGCCCUGAAACUGAAAAUUCACUGAACCAAAGUGAUAGCACCAAGCUCAGCAAAUGCACCAGCAGGGAAUCUCCUGUCGACGUUUUUGCAGAAAAGAUCGUUUCAGACGUUGUAGGCAAGAGGAGUAAAGACCACGAAUGCCCGAUUUGCUUCAAAGUCUUCCCAUCCGGCCAAGCGUUAGGCGGCCACAAGAGAUCACACUUAGUCAGUGAUCAUGUCAUGAAAAGUAGCGAUCCUCCAUUCGCUAGUGCUCACAAACAGAUUCAAGAAACUCGAGACUUUCUUGACCUCAACUUGCCUGCUCCGGUUGACGAUGAAUGUGAAGACUUGAAGCCUUGGUGGAUACCGACCGGCAACGAGCAUGGGCCGUUGCUCGGCCUGCUCUCCAGCUGAUGAUGAUCCUGCUCACCUUUUAAGUCAGAACUGUACAGAUUUCAUUCAUUCUUUACAGAGAAUUCAAGUCAUUACACACACUAGUCACUAAAAGUUUGCAUCUCUUUUACCAAAAAUUUUCCCAAGUGAUUGCUUUCAUAUCUUUUGUACCACAUGUUUAAGCACUAGUCAUCAUUUAUUGCGCAUGUAACCUUUGAUCAAUAGUGCAAUGCUUCACUCAGCAGCCAA